AUGUCGCGAGACAGCCAAGAUGGACUGGAGUGGGAAGAGACUUUGUUCAAUCUCAUACCCCGCUGGAAACGAGAACCGUCGCUGAAGGAGAUUGAAAGCGUCUGUCGCCAGCAGCUCAAGGUUCCUGUCGAACACCCCUGCACCGUCUCCUUCUACGCAGCCGGUGCAUUCAAUAAACUUUACUUGAUCGUCUGCGCCGACCAGUCUUCGCUGAUGAGAGUUACUUUGCCGGUCAGCCCUCACUACAAGACACGUGGUGAGGUAGCCACUCUGACUUGGGUGCGAGAGCAUACCGACAUUCCAGUUCCCAAAGUUAUUGCGUUCGUGGACAGCAACGACAAUGGCAUUGGGUUCGAGUGGAUUUUGAUGGAGCUGAUGCCCGGAGCUCCAGCAUACCGAAGGUGGCGAACAAUGUCUAUGGAGCAAAAGUCAGCGAUUGCGAAGCGUGUGGCGGAAUUUCAAGUGCAACUAUCAUGUUACGACCAACCCGGUUCUCUGUUCAGGAAGAUAGGGACGCUCGACUUGGAAAAUGGACAACAAAAUGUUGAGACGCAAACAAGAGUAACCCCUAGUAAACUCAUUUCCCAUGAAUUCUUCAUGGGAAAUCGCCUGAAAUACGAUGUGCCGCGAGGUCCUUUCCGCUCCAGCCAUGACUGGCUGAGCUCAGAAAUACGCCUCAUCAUACUCGAGCAGACAGCAGCUCUCGAGAACGCAGAAGACGACGACGAUAGAGAAGAUGCCGAGGAAAUCCUGGGCGCUGCACAAAGACUCCUUUUGCUUCUUCCCAAGGUGUUUCCCGAAGACGAGGAAGAUGACGUUGCGACCGCGCUCUACCACGACGACUUAAGUUUGCACAAUAUCCUUGUCAACGAAAAGGGCGAGAUCACGGCUGUCGUGGACUGGGAAUGUGUCUCGGCAAUGCCAAUGUGGAUGGCUACCAAGAUCCCCAAGUUUCUUGAUGGAGAGAGGCGGGAAGAGGAGCCGAUUCGGGAUAUCUACGCCGAUGAGGUACCGACAGAGUCCGCAGAAGCACGAAACGAGGGCGACGUAGAUCAUUUGGCCAACGAGGGUAAGAACCAACUGUACUGGAUUCACCUGAUGGAGUACGAGACGACAAGACUGCGGGCAGUGUACGAAACAAGACUGAGGCAGCUCUGGCAGGAUUGGUCUCCCGAGGAAAACCACACAAAAGUCGACUUCUUCGAGGCAGUCUUGCAGUGCAGUUCUGGCAUCUUUGUGAAGAAGGUCGACAGAUGGGUCGACAACAUAGAACGUGGGGACUUGAUCAGAUGGGCAGAUGCUUAG